GCCGACUGGCAGUUGAGAGCGAGUGGCCGCCACGAGCAGGACGGCAGAAGCGGAGCAGGCAGCAGGAUUCCCCGGAGCCACAAGCAACACGUAACAGAGCGGCCCCAGGAGCAGGAGGGGGCUGGCGGAGAGGCGGGCAGCCGUAGGCUUUCAGUAUACACAGGGAGCUCGCCCGAAAAGCAAAGGAUAAAUAUUUUAACGCCCGCCGCGCUUCAAAAAACCACCGCCCAUCCGUGGAUCAUGCAGCGAGCUCGCUGCAGGAAUCCCUGGUAGAUUCGCAAGAUGCUCAUCCGCCUGCGCUAUGGAAGACGCCUGCAGACCUAUCUGAAGAUAGGCGCCUGUGUCCUGGUCGGCCUGUGCUACUUCGCCUUCCUUUUCCGCGAAUCCCUCAAUGCAUACGAGCACCGGGAGCGGGCUACGGCCGCGGAAUUGGAGGCGGAAUCGGAGCCAUCAAAGCAGCAGCUCAAGCUAAAGCGGCAGCAGUUGCAGCGCCAGCGGAUAUUGGCCAAGCAGCAGGAGCAGGGAAAGGGCAUCGCUGGGGGAAAUGCCAGUGCAGGCAGCUCAUCCUCCCAAGCAGCAGCUCCUCCGCCGCCGCCGCCGGCUACCACCCUGAAUCCCGUGUAUGAGUACUCCGAGGAGCUGCACAGUCGCACGGAGCGGGAGCUGCAGAGGAGGAGCGAGCAUCUGGCCGCCGUCUGCGAUCGGUAUAAGCUGCAGGAAAAGUACCCACCGAAUCCCUGGGAGUUCUUCGUCUCGCCUGGCCACAACAAUCUCGUCUGGUGCAACGUCUUCAAGGCGGCCAGCAGUACGUGGAUGUAUUACUUUAAUAUAUUAGCUGGCUACGAUGUGAAGUAUCUGCAGCGCACGGAGACGCAGCCACUGGAGCUGGCCAGAAAGCGUUUUCCACGCCCGGAACUGGGCGAACUGAUGGAGCUGCUGCCCAGUGCGCUGUCCUUUCUCUUUGUGCGCGAUCCCUUCGAGCGAAUCCUGAGCGCCUAUCGCAACAAACUGGAGGGCAACAAGAACACCUUCUACAAGGCGCUGGGCAACAAGAUCGUGCAUCGCUACAGGAAGCGUAAUCUGGGCGGACCCUGGCCGCGAUGUGGACCCACCUUCGAGGAGUUCGUCCGCUUCCUGAUCGCCGAGCAUGCGGCGGGCAAGAGAUUCGACGAGCACUGGGCACCAGUUUACAGCUUCUGCACGCCCUGCAGCGUUAACUUCACCAUCAUCGGCAAGACGGAGACGUUCCAGAGGGACUCGGAGUUCAUCAUACGGCAGGCGGGCCUGGAAUCGCUGCUCCUGGGACUGGGCAAGCUGCCGCAGCGGAAGCAGCGCAAAAUUGGCAACCAGGCGCGAAGUGGCGUUAAAUCCGAGGCCCUGGUCGAGCGAUACUUCGCCGAUCUCGACCGCUCAACGUUGGACCAAUUGCUCAAGAUAUAUCGCAUCGAUUUCGAGCUCUUUGACUACGACUAUCGCAGGUACUACGAUAUGGUGCAUCCGUGGAGUCUGGAGCAGAGCACUGCCGCAUCCGGAGGGCCGGCAGUCGCAUCCACCAGUACGACACCAUCGAUAUCCUCUGGCCUGGCUGGCCAGUCCACCCAGGGUCAGGCGACGUAGGUGCAGUGGUGUCAAGGAGUUUGGGAUCGAUCAGUCGUGAAACAAUCUUAUCAUGUACCUUUUUACACGAAAACUCAGACCACAGACAAAGGAAACACUCUCACACGAUGAAAACAGAACCCAACCGAAGCUAACAAAUCUACCAAAAAGUUUAUGGCCAAAUCAACGUUUUCCAAAAACGAAAAACCAAAAAAAAAAACACUCUUGACCUCUCUUAGAUAAUGCCAAAAAAAGAAAGCAAACGAUGUAACGAUUCGAAAGGAAACUUAGUUAGAAGAUUUAGCAUUUUGAUGGAUUUUUUCAGCCACCAAAAAUUCGGACAGGAUACCCUACAAUUUUACAUGGCGUGGCAUGUGUGUUGUGUUGUAGCUAGUUUAUAAGUACCUACAAUUUACAGAUGCACUCUCAAACCAAACGAAAACACACACCCACAAGAAAAGCGAUAUAUUAUAUAUAUAUAGAUAUUAUAGUUAAACGAUAUAUACAGACCUCUUUACCUAUAUCGCGAAUGCUAAUCUUCAAGGCAAGGCUGGAGAGUUUAUACAACCAGAAAGUGAGAAAUCGUCUUACACCAAAUGAAAUUCUGUAUUUACACGUAUUUACAACCGAAUCCCCAGAUACCAAAACCCUCAAAAACCACAACAUAUGGUACUUACUAUUGUUAAGUUAUUAUAUAUACCUAUAUAUUAACGAAAUUUAUAAACAGGUCUUGAUCUAAGUCUAUAACUUUUGUGGACUCUAGAUACGUUUUUCCUAGGCUAACGAAACAAGCGGAAAAUAUUCGAUUUCCCGAUAUGAAAAAAUUAUGAAAAUGAUACCAAAGAACGAAAGGAAAGUGUUUAGAACUUAUAAAAACAAAGGCAAAAACCCAACAGAAAAACUUUUCAUGUGAUGUUUAAGGAUUUAUUAUAAAGACAGAGAAUAUUUAAUUAUUAUACUUAUACUGUAUUUCGAAUGAUAAUGAUAACAGAGAAUCGAAAAGUAACACGAUAUUAUUCU